AUGCCUACAGUCAACAAAGAUGCGAGUGUUCAAGAUGUAUUAUCUGCUCCUAUUCCUUCCACUGGCUGCGUUUCUGCUCCCAUCAAGGCUCUAAGAAAUAUCAAGACAAGGUUGAUAAGGCUGAAGCACUUAAAAAGGAGAAAGAAAAGAAUGAGGCGUCAAAUAAUGAGUAAAAACAACAAGCUUUGUCCUAUGAAUAAGUUAAAAACGAAACUUCCAAAGCUCAAGGAUACCGUCGAGAAAACUUCUGUGAUCAAGACAUAUUUGGCUAAUACUUGCAAAUAUCCCAAGUCCGUUACUUUGAUUCAAGAAGUAGUUGAUCACAUUACUCAACUGGUAUACGCUGGAUCCAUUUUUGCUAAUCUCUAUUCCUUGGAACUUCUCGAGAAUGAUAAAGAACUACCUGUGGUUACUCAAAAUCCAUUCAACAGCAUAUUUUCCAUCUUUAUUGGCCAAGAAAAACAUGCCUCUGAUAAUAUCAAGAAGAGCUACAAGGCCUUUUGUGAAUUUACUUCUCUUUCUCAAUCUGACUUGGAAAAGUAUGCAAAUAAAGGAUAUAUGACCAUUGUAUCUUCUAUGGCCAAAAAAUAUGAAACACUGGUCUGCAAUUAUGUUUGCUCUACUUAUGAAGAUCGAGCUCUCAGGCAUAUCCUUAAUGUCUUAUCAGAAAAGGCUUCUUCUUACUUCUGUGGUGAUAGCUUAACAGUCAAACAGCGCAAGUCUUUAGCCAAACAUCCAUCCACUAUUGACCGAAUCGAACAAUAUGAAACCAUUGUCAAUAACUUUCUUACUUUCUGGUCAAUGUACGAUGCUUCCAAUGAUGCUGAUAAAGAAAUGGAACAAAAGAAUUUCGUUCAAGAACUGAAACAUCAAGACAAAGCAUCAAGCAGUUAUGUCCAUCGAAAGUUACAAGAACUUCCUUUUGUCAAGAAGUUGAAUACAAGCAAGUACAUAUCAUUAAAAGAAAACACACUGACCGCUAUCAAUUCCAACAAGCCCUUGGAAAUAACAAGCAGGCUGAAGAACAUUGAUAAAAGGGAUAUUGAUGCUGUCCAAAGCUUUAUCAAAACAGUACAAGCAAGGAUUCAAGACAAGACCUUCAUGCCUCUCAAAUACACUAAAUCUCGAGGAUCAAGAUACUUUUCUCUAUUUUCCCUGUACAGGAUUGAUUCUAAGAAUCAAACCAGGUCAAAAAAUGAUAAUUACUUAACUUUAUGGUACUUUAAUGUCUUCGAUUUUUCAAAAAUAGGCUACAAGACACUUGAUAGUUUGACCUCACGUCCAAAGAAGCUUGUAAACGUGAUUACUACUAAUGGCUAUGCUGUAUCCUUUAUGUUUAAGAAAGUUGUCGCUAUCCAUGAUGAACCUAGAAGAGAACCAAAGACACCCAAGGAUUUUGCUGAUAUAGCUGACGACACAGAGAUUUGGGCUGUUGAUCCUGAUAUAUCAGCUACCUUUACUGCAGUUGACUCUACAGAACAUGCACUUAUCUGA